UUAGGCCUUACCUUUGAUGGCCAUAACAGUAUUAAUUUCACUCAGUCCAAUAUUUCCUUACGUUUUUUUCCAGACAUGAUGUUAUGCUGCCACCAUUUUAUCAAACAAAUAAAUCACUUAACAUGAAAGGAGCCUGGAGGCUCCAUUUGCAGCCAGUGGAAGCUGAUAACUUAGAAUCAACGACCUAAUGAAAUAAUCUCUUUAAUUAAAACUUUGUUAGUCAGAAUAUGCCCCAGGUGCCAGGUUGGAUACAAGUUAACAAUAUUUGUUUAUUUUCGGAAAGGGCUUUUUCAGGUUAUGGAAUCUUUAGUUAGAUAAUUAAUGUCUGGCAUCAUAAAAGGUCAACUGCUGCCUCUGUACCCUAAUUACACUAGACUCUAUCAAUCUGUUACAUGGCUUUGAUGAGAACAUUGAUUUUCUGGAGAGAAUAAGGUUAUUGGAAUUCCUGCUUUGCUGUUGCAUGCUUGCAUUCCAUGAUUGAAAGAAAUUAGUAGAAUACACAUUGGAAGAUAUUCAGGAUUUUUGAGGAAUUCUGUUUCGAGGGGAUUGGUCCAUCAUGCCCCAUACCACAUGCUAGAGACGUGUUCAUAAUGAAAGGUUCAGAAGUCAACUGAAAUGUAGAGAUGAAAUGACAAAGAUCUUGUGGCAGGGAUUACUUACAAACUAGACCAUUGACGUUGACCAAUAACUACAGCCAUUUCAGUUUGAAGGUUUCAACUAUGGAGGCUUUUACUAAUAGAUUGAAGCCACUUGCAGGUGAUCAAUUAUCUCAACACAACUGGCGGGUUUGGAAGUUGCAUUGAAAUUGAAUAUUCUAUAGAUCAAAAGUUAGGCUCUUGAAUUAAUUUGGAUGUAUCUGUUCUACUCUGAACCAGGUGGCAGUACAGAAAGAAUCUAUUAACCAUUUUAUGAUAAACCUUGAGUCUCUGCUCUUCUAUACGAAGCACGUUUAGCUUUUUAUCUAUGGAUUUCAUUACCCCUCUGAUCAGUAUAAUUGACAGAUUAUGCACAGCCACGGCCUCUCGGGCAUGCCGUGUUAUCAAUUUGGACAGAAGCAUGCACUACUUGACUGCAGAACUAAAUGAACUGAUGGACAAGAGAGAUGACUUGACGACUCGUCUCGAGCGAGCUGAGCUGGAUGGAUCAAGACGAACAAAUGAAGUGCAGAGGUGGCUGGCAAGAGUAGAAGUUAUCGAAGCUGAAGCUGCCUCCAUUAUGGAGAAUUUCCGACAGAGUAGGCAAGGGUUGGGGUGCUUCAAUCCAAGUUGUUGUUCGAAAUACAAUAUGAGCACGGAAAUGAUAGAGAAGCUGCAGGAUAUAAGUGAACUGAAGGGAAAAGGAAACUUUGAGAGACUGGUGACUGAGCCACGUCCUGCUCCUGUAGAAGAGAAACCGUGUAAGCCUGCAAUUGGCAUUGGUGUGAUGUUAGACAAGGUGUGGGAGUUUCUUGAGGAGGAAAAAGUGGGAAUUAUUGCAUUAUAUGGAAUGGGUGGAGUUGGGAAAACUACCCUUCUAAAGACCAUCAAUAAUGCAUUUCUUUCCAACGAUCACAAUUUUGAUGUGGUAAUAUGGGUCUUGGUCUCUAAGGAAUUUGUUGUUAGUAAGAUCCAACAGUCCAUUGUGGCCAGGCUAGGGUUGCCAUGGGCAGAUAGUGAAGCCCAUGAACUCCUAACUUCAAAGAUUUACAAUGUUUUGAAAAAGAAGAGGUUCCUUCUAUUGUUUGAUGAUGUUUGGGAGGGAAUUGAUCUGGGGGAUAUUGGGAUUCCUCUUCCUGAUGAUGAAAAUAAAUGCAAGCUGAUAUUUACAACGCGAUCCAUGGAUGUGUGUAGCGACAUGGAUGCUCAUAGGAAGCUCAAAGUGGAACUUUUGAACGAUGAGAAAUCAUGGCAAUUGUUCUGUGAGAAGGUUGGAAGAAUGGAUGUUUUAGAGUCACCACCUAUUAGAACUUAUGCCAAGACAAUUGUCCGAAAAUGUGGAGGUUUACCACUUGCCUUGAUCACGGUUGGUAGAGCCAUGGCCAAUAAGGAGACUGAAGAGGAAUGGAAGUAUGCAAUUGAAUUACUCAACAAAUCUCCAUCAGAAUUUCGAGGUAUGGAAGAUGUAUUUACCCUCCUAAAGUUUAGCUAUGACAAUUUAGAGAAUGAAACUGCAAAAAUGUGCUUUUUGUAUUGUUCUCUAUUCCCUCAAAGCUAUUCUAUUGAGAAAGAACAGCUAGUGGAGUACUGGAUUGCAGAAGGAUUUUUGGACCGUUCCUAUGACAGCAAUGCCUAUAAUAAAGGGUAUGCUGCCAUUGGGUCCCUGAAAGUUGCGUUCUUACUGGAAACAGGCGAAGAAGAAACCCAAGUAAAGAUGAAUGACGUUAUCCGAAGUUUUGCCUUAUGGAUAGCUUCUGGAUGUGGGGUAAACAAGGGAAAUUUUUUUGUGGAGGCAAGCUUGGGCCUUACUGAAGCACCUGGUGUUAAAAACUGGGAAGGAGCACAAAGAGUUUCUUUGUUAGACAAUGCAAUCACAAGACUAGAAGAAGUACCGAUGUGCCCAAAUCUGUUGACACUGCUGCUUCAGUGGAAUAAUUGUCUGAAUCGUAUACCAGAUGUCUUUUUUCAAUCCAUGUCUGCUCUUAGACUCCUGGAUUUGUCCUUUACAAGCAUCAGAAGGAUCCCGGUGAGUAUCGGUCAAUUACUAGAGUUGCGUCAUCUUAAUUUAACAGCUACAAAGAUAACCAUGUUGCCUAAGGAGCUUGGAAGUUUAGCAAAGCUGGUCCACUUGAAUCUCUUGCGCACAUACUCUCUUCGAACGAUUCCACGUGAGGCUAUAUCUGGACUUUCAAAGUUGGUGGUCUUGAACUUGUACUACAGUUAUGAGCGUUGGAAAAUUCAGAAUUCUAACUGUGAAGAUGAAGUUGGAUUCGAGGUAUUGGAGACCUUGACACAACUUCGCUUCCUCGGUUUAACCAUUUCCACGGUAACCUCACUGCAUAGACUCUCUGGCAUUAGAAGUUUAGUCAAAUGUAUACAGUAUUUAUUCAUAAAGGAAUGUGAAGGUUUACAUCAAUUAGAAUUAUCAACUUUGGGUUAUGGUAAACUAUUGAGAAGACUUAGCAUCAAUGACUGUAAUGAAUUAAAAUACUUGGUAGUGGAAGGUGAGGCUGGAGAAAAUUGGCUACCCAAUCUGGAGGUUCUAGCCUUGUAUGGCCUGCCUACCCUAAUUUCGGUGUGGAAAACCCCACCGAGAGAAGCAAGCCUGCAAAAUCUGCGCUUGUUGAAUAUCUGGUAUUGUCAUAGGCUGAAGAAUGUUUCAUGGAUAUCAUUACUUCCAAGGUUAGAAGCAAUUUACUUGUUCUACUGCAAAGCGCUGGAAGCACUGGUAAGCGAAGACGAGAAACUAGAGCCCGAUUCAAAGUCAUUUUCAAGGCUCAAAACUAUAUCCAUCCGCGACCUCCCUGCAUUGAGGAUCAUUACACCAUUGGCAUUAAAUUUCUCCUGCUUGAAGAACAUCGCAGUGAUUGAUUGCCCGAAGCUGAAGAAACUAUCAAUCAGAACAGCUCAUAAUUCUACAACCCUUCCAACAGUGCACUGUAGUAAGGAUUGGUGGGAAGGUCUAGAAUGGGAGGAAGUCAACACCAAAAAUGCUUUUCUUACCAACUUCACAUCAAAUUGAUGUAGCAUCAACAUGUACCUUUUGUCAUAUUAUUCGGUACGUCCUGCUUAACUGUUUAUAUGGAACUUCAUUGUAUAACCAGUUCUUCAUGUUCCUACACUUUUGUCUUGUACAAAUGUUGGCCAAAUUGUAGACUCUCAAUUUUAAAUGUAUGGCUGCAAAUCUUCUCAAGAA